GUUCCUAUGUGAUCUUGUUGAGCUGAGACGUGCGCAGAAAUCAGCAGCUUACUUAAUUAAUUCCAGCAUUAAUUGCUCUAGCUUUGGUUCAUUGGAUAUUACAUGCUGGAGUUUCGAUCUUUGAAGUAUUAAUCCUGAAUUUAGUUAUUCCGGUUCAGAUCGCGUUGUGUAAGUGAAAUGUGCGCGCAUGUGAUAAACAGAGAAGUUGUUUUUGUAAAAAGUUAUGCGCGGAAAAUGUCCGAGAAUCCGCACAAUUAGCUUUCGGCAUCUAGCGAUCCGACGAGAGCCCUGGAUUUUUAAUACUUGCGGGGAAACUGGUGAGGAAGAGUCGCCCGUUUUUAAGCCACCACUGCUUCUUUAGGGCAAAAUGAAUUGUGCCAAAAAGAAGCAAAGGCAUCUGAGCCGGGUCCUGUUUCUCCUUUCUGGGGUUUUUCUGUGUACCCUCUACCAGCUGACCACCAGUGCCAGACUGUACCAGCCUUUGCCAAUGCCUCAGAUUGGAGAGGAUUUUGGAGAGACUACAGGAGAGACUCAGGGGCUGGAGGAACCUCUCUCUGCAACACAUGAAUUAGAGCACACAGACCAAACAACACCAAAGAUGCAGGUCUCAGGUACAACUUCAGAUUUUAAAGCAUCCACCACUGAAUCUCCACCAUCACCAACUACAAACAGAACUCUUGUGCAGUGCAUCUAUGUGGCACCCACACCAGCUCCUCCUGUAACCACCAUCACUCCAGCCUCUCCUGGUGAAGCUCCACAUAUAAAGGGCGAAUACCCUGAAGAUUUAUUUUCUAUUGAAGACCGCAGACGAGGCUGGGUGAUCCUCCACAUUUUUGGAAUGAUGUACAUGUUCAUUUCACUUGCGAUUGUGUGUGAUGAGUUCUUUGUUCCCGCACUGGGGGUAAUCAAAGACAAGUUGGCCAUCUCUGACAAUGUAGCAGGAGCCACCUUCAUGGCUGCUGGACGAUCCGCCCCUAAACUUUUCACCUCCUUGAUAGGCGCCUUCAUCGCCCACAGCAAUGUGGGUAUUGGCACAAUUGUUGGUUCAGCAGUUUUCAACAUUUUGUUUGUGAUUGGAAUGUGUGCUUUGUUUUCACGGGAGGUUCUUCACCUAACCUGGUGGCCACUUUUCAGAGACGUAUCCUUCUACAUACUUGACCUCAUCUUACUCAUCAUCUUCUUCUUGGAUAAUGUCAUAAUGUGGUGGGAGAGCAUGAUGCUGGUGACCAGUUACACUCUCUAUGUGAUUUUCAUGAAGUUCAAUGUGCAAAUAGAGCAGGCCUUCAAGACCCAACUUUACAAACACAAGAACAUUGUUGUUGCUGUGGAGGAACCUGAAAAGGAGGAUGUGCCUGCAGGGGAAGAUCAGUCAGGAGACUCUGAAGAUGCUGUAAGUGAUAAAGGGCGCAAUCACUCCGGUAAAAAUGAAGAUGCUGAUGAUAAUAGAGAAAAAGAAGAAGAGCGAAAGGAUAAGCCUCUGUCUUUGGAGUGGCCUGACACACGACGUAAGCAAGCCACCUACCUCUUCCUGCUGCCCAUAAUCUUCCCUCUGUGGCUCACAGUUCCAGAUGUCCGCAACCAGAAAUCUAAAAGAUUCUUUGCAGUCACCUUCUUGGGCUCUAUUCUGUGGAUUGCUGUCUUCUCCUACCUCAUGGUGUGGUGGGCCCAUCAGGUGGGGGAGACCAUCGGCAUUACAGAGCAGAUAAUGGGCCUUACUAUCCUGGCUGUAGGAACAUCUAUCCCCGACCUCAUUACCAGUGUGAUUGUGGCUCGUAAAGGCCUGGGGGACAUGGUUGUGUCCAGCUCUGUGGGACGUAACAUCUUCGAAAUCACUGUGGGUCUGCCAGUCCCGUGGCUCCUGUAUUCAUCCAUCCACGGUUUGGCUCCAGUGGCUGUUCGUAGCAAUGGGCUCUUCUGUGCUAUGGUGUUGCUCUUUGUCGUGCUCUUCUUUUUCAUCAUCUCCAUUGUAUGCUGUAUGUGGAAGAUCAAUAAGGUGUUAGGUUUGAACAUGUUCCUGCUCUACUUUGUCUUUGUGGCGCUUAGCAUUAUGAUGCAGUAUGAAAUCAUUAUCUGCCCUGUUAGUGUGUCCAAAAGGGCUUAAAAUAAUUGGAUAUAAUUUAUGUGUAUGUAUAUAUAUACUGUACAUUCUUUCAUUUGUGGGCCGUUACUUGAUCACAAUGCAGUGCUCAUUCACAGACCAAAGUACAACAAUUUAAACCCCAACAUUUAUGGUAACAUCCAAACACAUAAACACACGCUUAUGAAUAAAUGUCAACACUAUUUCAAUGUUGACCUUUCCAUAAUUAAUUGGAUAAGAGCUCCUUAUAGUAAUUCAAAAGGUAAAAUAGUUAAUAAUGGUGACCUUGUAGGAGAAAUUCUUCCACAAUAUUGAGAGUUGCUAGUUCUCUGAAGAAUUACGAACUCUGUGUGAUGAAUCAAGUCCCUUUGUUCAUGCAGCAUGGAGAGAAGACCACAGCAUAGAUGUUCUCUCCCAACUUCCAGAAUGCUCUCCCUUAUAUACCUUUCAGUACAUCAAAACAAAAACACAUCUGGGAUCCUAUUAACAGUACUGCUGUAAAUCGCAUGUGAAGGUGUUAGGUCUUUAACACAAAUGGUCCUUUGAUCUGACCCUGUGACUGUGACCAGAUUCUUACCAGACAUCCUCCUACAAUAAAAUCUGUAACCCCCUAAACAAACAUAUACUACAUACAUUUACUACCCAUCUAAAACAUUAAUCUACAACAACCUUACGGAAACAAUAUAUUUGAAAAGAGAUUUAAAACAAGGCUUUACCCUACUUAUUUAUUUUAGCCAUUGAAAUUUUAGCACAAAAAGUAUGAAAUAACAGUAGCAUAAUGGGCCUACAUAUUAAUAAUAUAUAAUCCAGAGUAAUAAUGUAUGCAGAUGAUACAAAUUUUACAAUUACACCUAAUGUAAACUGUUGCUCCAAAAGUAAAGGACACCAGCUGUAAGAUUUAACGUUAUAUUCAUCUGGUGACUUUCAAAAAAAAUAUGCUUCAAAAACAUAGUCCUUAAUAAUCAGUCUCAAAUUUAAAUCUUAAAAUGUUAAAGAAAAAAAGAAGUUUGAGAAUAAUUAAAAAGGGACACAAGAAGAACAAGAAUUAUUGUUUUUCCACCAAGUCUGGUUCCAACUGGGACAGUUUGUGCCUUUUUCUGAAAGCAGCAGUUGCCACAGCGGCUGCAGCUCAUGGUUGACUUGAUGCUAGCAUCCUUUCAAACCUAUAACAACACCUAUGUGACCUUUAAGUAAAGGAUUGCCCUAUUUUGUUGUAUUUUCCACUGGGUUAAGUCCCCAGGUUGUGACUGACAUCAAAGCCUUUUUGAAGUAUGUGCCAUAUGCAUGUUUGAAAAUAGUAAUGGCUUGCUAAUUAAUAGCUUGGUAAGCAAUUUUGUGUAUUUAUCAUGUGUUUCAUGUCUGAUGUAGAUGAGUCGAGCCUUAACCAAUGUCUUGUUUGUGUCCUAUGUUUUUACCAUAUAUAGAAGAAGAACAGAAGACACACACAGCCCUUUUUUUCUUUGUUCUUCUAUUUUUUCUUUAGUUUUCUAUUAUUUAUACAUAUAUAUAUAUGUAUGUAUGUAUGUAUGUAUGUAUGUAUGUAUAUAUAUGUAUAUUUAUAUCUGUACAUAGUUUAAUGUUUAUGUUUACCUUCUUGAACUUGUUGUCCUUUCUUUUAGCUCUACGUAUACCUUUUUCUGUGUAUGUGCAUUGUACAUUGAGAGCAAUGUGAAACCAGAGUCAAAGUCAAAUUCCUUGUAUGUGUAAGCAUAAAUGGCCAAUAAAAGUGAUUCUGAUUCUGA